CGAAAAUGAAUGUAAAAUUUGGGGUUUAUUCAUCAAUAUUUUAUUUUUUCUAUCAGUUGAACAUCGGAUUUCAAACUUUAAAUGAUCUGACGUCCAUUUGUGGUCUCCUUUGUUGCUUAUCUGUUCGUCUGAACGCAGUCUGAACUAAACCACAUCAGAUUUGGUAUGAUAAAAACAGCUAUGAUUUAACCGCUCAUACAGAAUUUUAUCGCCUAUGAAGCAAGAACUCGGUUUAACAAACAACCUUCAGCUUCGAUUUUUGGGCCCCUGUGAUGUCGACGAAGUGAAAAACCUUUGCUGUAAAUGGUUCCCUAUCGAGUACGUAAAAUUUUAAAUGUUUGUAACUUUCUAUUCAUGAUUUUAAACUGUUUAUUGUGCAGGCCCGGCGUUUGAAAUAUGUUUGAAUUGCUUUAUGUAUUGUUUAUAUUUUGUAACAAAUUUGAUACAGUUUUUAUGUAAAAAUGUGGGACUUUUUGUAUGAUUUUAAGGGUUAAUGUUAAUGUUUUGGUAAUACGAGAACUAAAUUAUAAGGUGUGAUAUGAUACAGGUUUCUGAAAAUUUCAAUGCACUGCCGACACCGACAGCUGUCAAUAUGAAAUUUAUAUGCAGCGUGUUUAUUUAAUAUGGGGAAGUGAUAUAUUUUACACUUCUAUAUAAUGUGGUUGAACACCAGGGGCGGAGUGGGCCUAGAUUAGUGCUAACCCUUGGAACUAAAACUUUACAGUCUCAUCCUGUGCUAAGCAAACCGGGAAAUAUUGUUUCUGCAACAAACGUCGCACUUAGGAUUGGAAAUAAAAUUUGUUUGUGAAAGUUGAAAGUUUAGAAGCGAGAGUUGCCUUGUCAGCCUUGGGAGUUUUCUCAACUCCCUGCCCCGGUCAAACGAGAACAAGAGUUGCAUGCAGAGGCUGCGGAAGCAUUUCGAAAGUGGAGGGACAUUGGCCAAAAGGGGCACUUUUGUAUAUGACCAAAAUCAAAUGAUUUUAUACUGUUCACUAGCCAAACAAAAUUUUUGAAGCAUAAUGCCCCGCGGUUCCACGGUGGUUGCAUGAGAGCUGAUGAGAGUUUACUGGAUAUUACCACGCGUCUAGCGAAAACUAUCAUCAACUCUUAUCAAAAUUUGAACCAGUUCAAAUUAAAGUCAAUGAGCGUUGAUGAGAAUACAUGAGAAUCGACAAGAGCUUGCACUCAAACCCUAGACUUGCUCCAAGUCUCUCUUUCAUUGUCAUAUAGUAUCAAUCCACUAUAGUGUACAUUACAUGACGUAGUACGGAGGGGCGGAGCGAGAAAGAGAGACUAGUCAACUUCGGAAAAUCUCGGUUCAAAACUGAACCAAAAAUGCAAGACUCGCUUUAAUUGUUUUCCUUCAAUUUUCUGCAUUAUUUACUAUAAUGGAACUCAUGUUAUUUACACUGCUAGAUCAAUACAUAUAAACACUGACAGAAAACAAUUAAAGCAAGAAUUUUUUUCUGUGUUGGUGUAGUGUACUCAGGUGAAUAUGAUAUUUGUGGUGUUACUCUGAAUCUAUAACCACACCAACACAGAAAAAAAAAUUCAUAUUACUAGAAAACAUUGGUAUCGAAGGAACUAGAUUCUGUUCCGAAAUAUCACUUACUCGAACCGUCCUGACCGCGUAGCUCAGUUGGAAGAGCAUUGGGCUAGUAUUCCAAAGGUCGUAGGUUCGAAUCCCACCGUGGCCGGGCAUAUUUUUCAAGCUUGCCCGGUGUGGUUAUAGACUCAGAGUAACACCACAAAAAUUAAAGCAAGUCUUGUAUUUUCGGUUCAGUUUUGAACCAAGAUUUUCCGAAGUUGACAAGUCUGUCUUUCUCGCUCCGUCCUUCUGUGCUACGUCAUGUAAUGUACACUAUAGUGGAUCGAUACUAUUUGACAAUGAAAGAGAAACUUGGAGCAAGUCUACUCAAACCCGAGCGAGAGUUGCUUACUUUCAUCAACUUACAUUUGAACGAGGCUUAAACGUGGACAAACAGGAAAAUGAUCAAAGAAACAUAUUCAAAAAUUUCAAAUGUUAUUGCAAAUCCUUCAUGAAUUUCCUGACCAGAUGGCCAGUUGUAAUUUUUCAUGUCAGAUCAGAUAUUUUUUUUUUAUUAUUGGAUCAGGCUUAUUAAAUUGAAUCACAUGUUUGUUAAACAAAUGUGUGCAAGUAUUAUUUGCAAACUAAAACUGCCAAUUAGUUUCCACAUUUGGAAAACUAUUUGUAAUAUUUCAAUGGCUGAAGAAAACCAUUGAAUGUGCAUGUCUUUAGCAUAAUUUAUUCAUUGUAAAUCUAAUGUAUCCACCCACUUUUAUCACUCAGAAUUCUUUUGGUUAGUGUGUCAAUAAUUGUGACAUAUGUUUUUUGUGGAAUCUUUAGAAUAUGGGUUUUGCGACAUAUAGAUAAACAAAAUCAAUUCUCACAAGACAAAUCAAUUGUACUUAUUGCUAUGCAAUCUAUUGUUCAAUCUUACAAGGUCAAGCAAUUAUGAUAAAAGCAAAAAUAUAAGACCUGGUUUUUGGACUUCACUGAAAUCACUGACUCUUAUUUUUUUAUCCGAAGUUCAUCUGAGCUUGGAGCAAUUUCCAUACACAUUUCCUGGCAUUAAUUUACAGUUCUAAAAUGUCCACUAAGGGCCUGUUUAUAUGAUCCCGCCUAGACGGGACAGAACGUUUUCAUCCCACCUAGACGGGAAACUCGCCUAGUGUUUAUAUGGACAAAAUACAUUGCCGGGAUAAAGCCAUUUAAGUGUUUGGUGUCAUAUUUUUGUUGCAAUAAAGGCAUUUACGCAUGCUCAAAAGGGAAAAGUUCAUCCUGCCUAGCCGGGAUGAAGUGUUUAUAUGGGAAUUUUUCGUCUCGGCUAGGCAGGAUGAAGUGUUUAUAUGUGAAUUUUUCAUCUCGUUUAGGCGGGAUCCUGGCAUCUGUUACCGAGAUCCCGUCUAGGCGGGAUAAGUGGCGGGAUCAUAUAAACACUCUUUAGAAUUUGUUGUAUGAGCGGGAUCUCAGUAAGCAUCCCGUCCCACCUGGCUGGGAUCAUAUAAACAGGCCCUAAAAAAACUGUGGCAACUUUAUGUUAAUAUGGGUAGUUUGGGGUCUUCUGGUAUUUCUAUCACAAAAUUAUUCUGAAAAGUCAAUUUUCGAGUGAAGCAGGGCAGCUUUUCAAAAACCACUUUAAUAGCGGCUUGUGCGCAAAAAUAAAUGGUUUGAAACGCAAUCUGAAUUCAUAGGGUGCAAAUUUGGAAGGUGUUUCGUGAACUGUCAAAGUAACAAUUUGAUACACAUUAAAUCCAAAGCGCUACCUCUAAAACUUGCGCUUUUUUGCCAUGGUAGCCUUUCACGCAUAACUUUUUGCAUAAAAUCGAUCAUACAUAAAGUCAAUCAUGCAUAAAAUUAGUCGUUCGUUUGAUAAAUUUUGUGUGAAAGGCUACUAUUGAAAAAAAGGUCCAAGUUUUGGAGCUCUUGCAUUGGACUUAAUGUACAUCAAAUUGCCUGGUACUUUGAUAGUUCAUAAAACACCUUCCAAAUUUACACCAUAUAAAUUCAAAUUGCAUUUUAAACCUUACAUCUUUGUGCGCAAGCCAUCUUCAAAGUGGUUUUGAAAAGCUGCACUCGAAAAUGAACUUUCCAGAAUGAUUUUGUGAUAGAAAUACCAGAAGGCCCCAAACCAGCCAUGCUAACAUAAAGUUGUCACAAAUUUUGCGGAAUUUUCAGUUUAGUGGACGUUUUAGAACUGUGCGCUUUUUUUAUACACCCUGUAAGGCUGUAGAAAUCUGUUUAUUUCAAGUUGAUAUAUCAUUUAACAAAUGUUUGUGCCUAGCCUAGAAUAUCUGAUUCACAUGCAUAAGCAUUUAUACGAUAAAAACGAAAAAAGAAAACCCGACUAAGUUUUUGCAACAUGAAAUAGGAAAACAGGAAAUGGUUUUUUGGCCUAAUCUGACAAAAUCUAAAAUUCAGAUCACACUAAUGGCUGUAUGCUUUUUUUGUGUUUUUUUUCAAAGGUCAGUCAACAAUUUUGCUGGCUGUUUGUGUAUAUAUAUUGUAAUUGAUUCGAUUCUAAUGAGUUUCCACUAAAAUAUUAAAUUUAGUAAUUUUUCAAUUUCUUUAAAAAAUUGGUCGUUCAUUAAUAUAUAAUCCAGAUAUUAUUCGCUUCCCAAAUUUGCAGUUUGGCAAUGAAGACUACCUAUUUACAAUAGAUUACGUUGUCUGACUCGACGUACAGUAAAGCUUACACGCUAUUGUAUUGGGCACUCGAACAAAUUUGGGGAUUUAUUCUACUUCCUUCGUAAUUUGCAUAUCACGCCUUGAAAUAUGGUUUCAGCUGUAAACAGUGAAUUAUAUAAAGCGACGUUGUUAAAAUGGCAAAGUUUGAGAAUACAGUAGGUCGUUUGCAACUUGCCCCUCAAUCUCUGGCUACAAAACAAACUCUGUCAGUGGCGGAAAUUCACUUUUUCCGGUGGAGGGGCGAAGUCUUCUCGAAAAGGCUGUAUUUAGUAUUUUACUGUAUUUAUCGAAGUAUUUAGUGUAUUAAAUGUUUGCCUGAUUUCAGUUACUGCAUGCUUAUAUUCUGCAUUUUCAAUAUUCGUACAGUCUACAGAGGCAGAGGUUAGUUUUUACGACAUUUGUCUAUUUAGUUUUAAUUAAAUCUAUAUAAGAAUUAGCCAUUCCGAAGUUGAUGAGUGGACUGGGGACGAGUGUUAAAAAGUGCCCAAAUUAGGAAAUGAACCAAAUCACUAAAAAGACCACCUCAAAAUUAGUAAGUAUGCAAAGUUUGAAGACGUUUACAUGAAUAUCCUUCGAAUAAUAAGCUUUCCAAAAUCCGAUAUUUACAGUACUAUGAAAUGUAUUGCAAUUUUGGGACGCGCGUCACAAAAACAAUCUUUUAAUCAGUAAUUUCACAAUUUUCGAAAGCUUAUUAUUCGAAGGGUAUUCAUGUAAACGUCUUCAAACUUUGUAUACUUACUAAUUUUGAGGUGGUCUUUUUCGUGAUUUGGUUCAUUUCUUAAUUUGGGCACUUUUUAACACUCGUCCCCAGUCCACUCAUCAACUUCGGAAUGGCUAAUACCGCACUACAUGCCAGCAUACAGGAACAGACGAAAAUGCAGAAUAGGCAGUUACUUAAACCAGGAAAACGUUACACUAUAAAUAUUUCUACAGACUUUAUAAUAUGGCUGUUUAUUCUGCAACCAGCAAAGGAGGCAAAUUCCAAACGACCUAUUAUAUUGUAUUCUCUAAUUUAGCGACUGACAGCAUCGCGUAAUACAAUUUACUGUUUAUUGCAGAAGCCAUUUUUCAACGAGUUAUGACUUAUGCAUCGAUGAUAUUCAAAUUAGUAAGAAAGUAGAAUAAUCAAAUGUCCGUGAUUUCUGGCCAUGCUACUGUACUCUAGUCUCUACAAGACUCAAAAGUUGAAAAAUUGCCAAGAUUUCUAAAGAAAACAAUCAGUCGGAACAAAACAGCCAAUUAACCAUUGCUAUAUAUCAAGCGGUUAUUUAGUUAUCUGAAUAUUUUUUGUGUGUGUUGGUGUUAUGUAUACUCUGGUGAAUAUGAUGUUUGUGAUGUAACUCUUGAGUGUGCAUCCACACUGGGCAAGCUGAAAAGUUUGCCCGACCACGGUGGGAAUCGAUCCCACUGACACUGUGGGAUCACACUUAUGCAGAGUAACAUCACAAACAUUAUCUGAAUAUAUUGGAAAACCUUUGUUAAAUAAUGUAUUUCCUUGUUUUUACUGUAAGUUUGUUUUAGUUUAACCGCUGUUUGUCAAAAUAUCUCUUUUUUGCCCUUAUCUAAGUUUCUCAAUAAUUUAAAAUACGUGUUUUAAUGCAAAGGUUUAUGACAGCAUAAAGAUUAAAGGGCCGAUAUAGAAAUCGCAAAGCCAAAGCAAUUGCAGUUUCCCACGGUACACGGACAUAAUUGCACGAACGUUUCUUUUGAUAAAAAACAUCCGUAAAAACGCACAAGUUGCUACAGAUCUGCAAACAAGUCGUAACAAGGUUGUUGUCAAGCUGAUACCGGGAUUUGUUCGUAAUGCUUGUUCCCAGUUGUUGCGACAAGUCUGGAACAAGUUGUUAUCACCUUGUUACAAAGUUUACGGUAACAGACUUGCUACAAGUUGUUCCAACAAGAGUAGUACUGGCUGUUCGUAACAAGUUGUUACGAGCUUGUUGCCAUCAACUUGUUAACAAUUUGGUAUGUGCAGACGAUAUCAAACUUGUUGAAACAACUUUUUGCGAGUCUGUUGGCCUCAUCAACCUUGUUACAGUUAGAAAAUGAUAACGCUAACUUGUUCUAGACUUGUUCCGGCUUCCCCCCUCCCUACAGUAUGUAUAAAUUAAGUCAAUUUAGGAUGGUUUAUAAUCCAGGGGCCGGUUGUUCAAAGGUGGGUUAGCGCUAACCCAGGGUUAAAAUUUAACCUGCUGUUUUAGUUUGUGUAUUUCUGCACGUCUGUUUAUUUCGAAACUUCAGAGAAGUAAACUCCUAUCAAUCCAGACAAGAUCUCUGAAGAAAUAUUUCCAAAUUUAUAGACAAGCUGUCAGGAAGUUUGCUUUGAAUUUUACGUUAAUUUAGGGUUAAGCUAACCCAGCUUUGAACAACCGGCCCCAGGUCGACACAUUUAUAUUAGAGAACACAACUACUAUACCUUUAGUUACCCAGACUCGUGGUAUGAAGAUAUAACAUCCAGUCCUCGGUUCUAUUCCUUAGCUGCUGUAUUGAACGGCAGAAUUAUUGGUAUUUUGAUUGCCGAAGUGAAGAGUAUUUCAAAAUGUAAUCCAGAGGUAUCGAGAACUAUUUACACUUAAUUCAAAAUUAUUUUGUCAUUGCUCGGUUAUCAAUACUGGUACAAUUGGUGAUGAUGAUCAUGAUAGUGAUGGUACAUGAUGUUGAUGAUGAUGAUGAUGGUGGUGGUGAUGGUGGUGGUGAUGGUGGUGGUGAUGGUGGUGGUGAUGGUGAUGAUGAUGAUGAUGGUGAUGGUGAUGUUAGCGAUGAUGAUGGUGAUCAUGGUGGUGGUGAUCAUGAUGGUGAUUAUCAUGAUGAUGGUGAUGGUGAUGAUGGUGGUCGCGAUGAUGAUGUUAGCGAUGAUGAUGGUGAUCAUGGUGGUGGUGAUCAUGAUGGUGAUUAUCAUGAUGGUGAUGAUGGUGCUCGUGAGGCCAAAUAAAAGUAAUAGUUGGUUUUAGGUUUCACAGCCAUGUUUUAUAUGGCUAGGUAGGUCGAAAAAACAUUUUGUUUUAAAAAAUAUUUUAUCUCAAGUAUGCAAUAAAUACAAGUUAAAACUCAUUAUAAACUCCUCAUUAUAAACUCUUAGUUUUUAUUGUUUUUACAUCAGGUUUUCACCUGCAAAGGCGUUUUCGUCUUUUUUCAGCGGUAGCUGCCAUGUCAGAAUAAUGUACGUUUUUAAUAUAUAUUUUAUCCAACUGUUCUUUGUGUAAAACUAUGAUUAACGUAGACAAAUGAGUCUGAUGACUAUUUAUAUAUUCUGCUAUUUACGAAAAGAUGAUCUCUACUGGGAAAUGUCAAUAAAAUGUUUAUGGUCGGUCAUAUUUUUGACAGGUCGGUCGGAAACCUGAAACCAACUAUUAUUUUUAUUUGGCCUGAUGAUGGUGACGCAUCUUUAAACAUUGCUGUCCAUUUCAACCAUAUUUUCCACUCUUGAUUCUUGAUAUUAUUGUGAUAUCAUUGCACAACGUAUAGCUAAUAUAUGCAACAAUUUAAUUCGGUUCCCUCUCAUUGUACUUAUUUAGGACAGCGGCAUAUUAGGUGGACGAUAUUUGAAAGACACAAGAGUUGCGUACGUGUUAAGUUUAGGCGUUGUUAAAGAAUUCAGAAAAAAUGGAAUCGGUAAGAUGCCACAGCCAAUCCACUAUACACCCCUGUUUCCAAACCAGACUCGCCCAAGGGACAGGCUAGAAUAUAGAUUUUAUAAAGAAACAGAUCCCGAAGGAAACAAAAUACCGGGACAAUAUAGACAUUAAUAUAUGUGUUUACUUAUAGUUUAUCUCUGAAAUAAUCUGACAUUUAGUAAGACUACCAUUUUUUCGCAACUGGUUAAGUCGAUAAUGUAUAUGAAUUUGCGUUCGAACAAUUUUUGGUUACACCAUGUAUUUAAUUUUAUUCUGAGCUUUCCGCCCGUGUACUCGGUUCGUCUUCCGACAAAAGAAAGAAAUCUCGGAAUAAAAUUAAACACAUAGUGUAACCACAAAUUGUUCCUCAUUUUUACCCCAAUAGUUUGUUCAAAAAUAGGUGGGAAGGUCCACAAACAUGCUUUAGCUUAUUACAGGGACUGGUCAUAAAGUAACUGCUAGGGUGGGCUGGAGGUAAAUCACAAAUGUUGCCAAUAAGUUUGGUGACCCAUCUUAGGAUGUAGAUAAAAAUUUCAAAGCCCAUCUAAUCUUACCAAAUUUAUUUCAUGACCCAUCCACCCAAUCUAAAUUGGGAAUUUAAAAAAUACAAUUUUAAAAUAAAAAACUUGCAGGAAUGAACAUUGUAAAUAUACACUGGCACUGUAUUGACAUACAUAAUCGAAACUGCCCAUCGAAACUGCCCAAAGAUUUUCCAUGGCCCAUCUCAAAUCACUCCAGGCCACCCUAGCAGUUACUUUAUGACCGGUCCCUUUGGUAUAUCAAUUCAUUAUAUAUAUAUUUUUAUUUUAUUUUAUUUUAUUUUCAGCAUCCUUAUUAUUGAACAAUCUAUUCGGCUUACUGACAACGGAGGAAUACGUGAACUGUAAGGCAGUGUAUCUUCAUGUUCUAACAACGAACUAUGUAGCCUUGAGAUUCUACGAACGUCAUAAAUUUCGCUUGUUUCGCUACUUGCCUUGCUACUACGCGAUCCAGGGACGCCAGAAAAAUGGAUAUUUAUAUGUUCUUUACAUUAAUGGAGGGAAACCACCUUGGACUUUCUCAUAUCCUUUUCGAAUAUCUAGUUUUGUUGUAGAGAACUAUACGUACGUAUUUAAAUUAGCUAUUCCGAAGUUGAUGAGAGGACUGGGGACGAGUGUUAAAAAGUGCCCAAAUUAAGAAAUGAACCAAAUCACUAUAAAGACCACCUCAACAUUAGUAAGCAUACAAAGUUUGAAGACGUUUACAUGCAUGAAUACCCUUCGAAUAAUAGGCUUUCGAAAAUCGUGAUAGUUACUAUGAAAUGUACAGAAAUUUUGUUUUUGGAGACGCAUAUAACUUCUAGUUAGAUUCCUUAAUCAUUUCCCAAAGAUGUGAUGCAAUAUGGUUUAAGUUUCAUCUGUAGAAUUCAACCAUGCAGACUGCCUUUUAUACUAGCAAACAAAUUGUGGAUGUGUUUUAUGAGGCUGGGAUUUGAUGUUCAGCGAAGAUUUAAUCUCUAUCCAUUAGACGCUAACCAGAGACAGGACAGCGAGUCAUUACAAUACAAAGACAAGAUAGAAAUGCUGCCAUAUUAAACAUUUUUUAGGUGCUUCAAAAUUGGCUUUUGUAUGUUGUAGAUAGACUUAAAUCAUCUCUAAUAUACCGUUUGCAGAAUUUGAGUAUUACUGGAGUUUUAGCAUUACGGAUAGCCUCGGGUUAAUUUUUUUGAAAACAUACAGAAACUUCAAAAUUGAAUAUACCUGUAAAAUUCAAGAGAAAUAAAGAAUUAUAGUCAGGCAGAUAGAGGAUCAAAAUUAUGGAAAACAUUCUUUAUCGUUGGACAAUUCCAUUUUGUCUUCAUAUUGUGCCCUGAAGGCUAGUAAGUACGUUUCUGUAUGUUGGCCGCGUUAAAAUUUCUUGUGGGCUCCUGCCGACACGUUUUUCUUCGAAUUUUGUAUUAAACUCUAUUACAGUUGAAAAAUGUAAAAUUUCUGAUGCAUUUCUAAUACAAAUGACUUGCAUCAAUAGAAAGCUAACAAAAAACUACAUAUAAGACAUUUAUUUCAAGCGGUUUUCGAGUUAUUGCCGUUUCAAAUGUGAAAAAUAAGCCAAAAUCUCGCAAAAUUCCUGGGUACUAGUCUGAAAACACGCGUUCAACAGCUCAUAACUCAAGAAGAACUUGAAAAACCCGGGUAACCGUUUAAAUGUCUUAUAUGUAGUUUUUUGCAAGCUUUCAAAUGAUGUAAGUCAUUUGUGUUAGACAUGUAUUUGAAAUUUCACAUUUUUUAACUGUAAUAGAGUUUAAUACAAAAUUCGAAGAAAAACGUGUUGGCAGGAGCCCAAUCUCGUUCCCCGAGCCUGCGAUCCUCGGGAAGGAAUCGAAGGCUCUGGGAUAAUCCGUUACCGGAAGCCAAGAAUCCUGGCUAAGAUUGAACUACGCAUUCCAUUUCAAUGGCCAAUCAGAUUCCUCCCUGAAACGGAUUAUCCCAGAGCCUCGCGUUCCUUCCCGAGGAUGGCAGGCUCGGGGAACGAGAUUGGCAGGAGCCCACAAGAAAUUUUAACGCGGCCAACAUACCGAAACGUACUUGCUAGCCUCCAGGGCACAAUAUGAAGGCAAAAUGACAUUGUCCUACGAUAUGGUAAGUUUUUUCCUUCUAUCUGCCCGACUAUUAAUGAAGUCGAGGCUAUUUGUGUAAUGCUAGGAUCCAGGGGCUCAGGGUUGUUCGAAAGCUUGACCCAAGGUUAACCGAAAAUUCAAAGCAAACUUCCCAAACAGUUUGUUUAUAAAUUUGGAAACAGUUCUUCAGAAAUCUAGUCUGAAUCAGUAGGAGUUUUCUUCUCUGAAGUUGUGAAAUAAUUAAACAGACGUGCAGAAAUACGUAAACUAAAACAGCAAGUUAAAUUGCCGAGAUUGCACUAAUCCAAGCUGUGAACAACUGGCCCCAGUAAUUUUGCAAGUGGUCUAUGGUGUUUUUCAAUACGUCGAAUACCCGCAGAUAAUAAGUUGUGAACGAGGCUUCGUGCAAAGAUGUAUUUUUCCUCCAUAUCAAAUGUAACACGAGACCUCUGAAAGGCCUACUCUUACAUUGUAAAUGUAGUUAGAUGAAUUAAAUGAGAUUCAAAAGUUAUAAAGACUUUGAUACUGAUAGGACUCUCUGUAAACUGUAUCCUUGCUGAAAGUCUUCGCAAAAACACAUCAAUAAAGAUAGAACCCCG